UUAUAUCUUGCAACUCCAGUUCCACUAGGGGCAGUACCAGGUUUGUCUUCCCAUAUCGAGAUUCAGGAAGAAACGCUGACUCGAAAGACAGUCUCCUACCAGGGCCUACACCGAUAGCGAUGGCCGAAUGUGCGUGGAAUGAAGAAAUGUCUGAGGGUCCUUAUCUCCUUCAGGAGGACCUCACAUGUCCAGUCUGUCGAGAGCUUUACCGAGAGCCUGUUCUACUGUCCUGCUCACAUAGUUUCUGUCAGAAAUGUCUGGACCAAAGCUGGCAAUCCAUAACAGGUAACAAGUGCCCUGUAUGCAGGAAGAGCUGCGAUGGUGAACAACCUAUCUCCAACCGUGCGUUAAGAGACGCUUGCGAGUCUUUUCAAAAGGAGAAAGGCUGGCGGGCACCAUUCGCCAGUACAGAGGCUCAAUGUAACUUGCACCGGCUCGAGUUUCAGCUGUUCUGUAUUAAAGACGAGGAGCCCGUGUGUGUUGAAUGUGUGACACUACAUCGAACACACGAGCUUCUGCCACUCAACAAGGGGGCGCCAUUCUGUAAGGAUGAACUGGGUCUCAAAGUAACCAUAUUGGAGGAUAAAAUUGAACAUUACUUGAAGAUAAGAAACAAGUUUUCCACCACAGUUGAAUACAUCAAGAGUCAGGCCCAUCAAGCAGAGAAGCAGAUCAAGGCUGAGUUUACCAGGCUCCACCAGGUGCUGCACGCCGAAGAAGCCGCCAGACUCAAAGCUCUGACUGACGAAGAGGAGGAGAAGACGAUAACCGUGAAGGAACAUAUUAACCGGCUGACUAGGGACAUCGCCACUCUUACUGAGCUGAUCAAAACCGUCAAGAGGGAGAUGGGGGGAGAGGAUCUGCCUUUUCUGCAGAAUUUUCAAAACCUAAAGAGGAAAGCGCAGUGGACUGUUCCAGACCCUGAGUAUCCCUCACACAUUCUGCUUGACAUGGGCCAACAUGUCGGCUCUCUGGGCUACAACAUCUGGAAGAACAUGCAGACUCAUAUCAAAUGCUUCCCUGUGGUGAUGGAUCCUAACACGGCUUCCCCGUGGCUCUCUAUGUCUCCCGGCCUGGACAGCAUACGGGACAGCCCAGAGCGUCAGUCUUUGCCGGACAACCCUGAGAGAUUUGAUCCCUGUGUCUUCGUCCUGGGUGCCCAGGGCUUUUCCUCAGGCAAGCAUCGUUGGGAGGUCAACGUCGCAGACAACCCCAAGUGGAUCCUGGGUGUGUGCAAUGAGUCUGUGGCCCGUAAGAGGAAGUUUACCGUGUCCACGGAGCGGGGUGUCUGGACUAUCGGGGUAAGCAAAGGGGUGUAUAGUGCUCUGACCCCCAAACGCACGCAGCUGGUUGUGGAAAGGCGACCUGAGACGAUCAGGGUUAAGCUUAACAUGGAUAAGGGAGAAGUGUCGUUUUGGGAUGCAGUGUCAGGAAAGCACUUGUGUACUUUCACACACAAGUUCACAGAGAAGCUGUUCCCCUUGUUUGGGCCUGGGCUGCAGAGCACUCCAAUGUCAGUUCUUCCUGCCAAGGUUGCCAUGCAUACCUCAUGAGGAGGUUGUCUGAAUGAGAGUUCAAAAUAAAGUGAUUUAAGUCUGCUUUAGUUAUGCUUUAUGUUUUUACAUUGGGUGCUAAAAAUGUAUGAGUGGCCUUGAUCUUUUCUACAUACAGAAAAAAAAAUGUUGGGCGGGGGUUUAUUUUCUAAUGAUACAUUUGAUUACUGUUUGGGUAUUGUAUAUUUUGCUCUGAUUUUUCUAAUCAAGUUUUUUGUAGUGAAAUAGCCUACAUAGUCUACUGCAUACAUUACUAUCACUUUAAAUAUCUAUACAUUCUCAUAAGGCCUUUAAUUCUGGAUAUUGCAAUAUCUAUAACAUUCCCUAGAUUCUGACUUUCUAACUGUCUUUUUUAACUGAUGGGUUGUAUGGAUGAAUUCAUGGAAUUAAUAAAGUAAUCUAUAUCUAUGGAAGUAUGCCAAAGAAAUUAUGAUCAAUUAUGUUUACGUAAUUUGAUGCCAUAAUAAAAUACAUAGAUCUUUGA